UGGAGUAUUAACUCAUUAACCUACCCUUACCUCGCUAAGGUUGCUAAGGAUAUCCUUACUGUGCCUAUCGCUCAGGUUGGUGUAGAGCGAGUUUUUAAUAUUGCAAAGGAUACUAUUGGGGAUCAGAGACAUCGUCUUAACGCCCAAAUAAUCCGUCAGAUACUA